AAAAGUCAACGUAUUGGCUUCCCAAUGACGUCAUACUUCCAACACCCUGGAAUGGAUCCCUCCUUCUACAGGCAAUACGCUACUUCACAACAGCAUCCCUUCUUGACGGGUACAACUCAAGAAAUGUGCUUCACCUUCCCGUCCAGCGCAAAUCAAUCCGAACAGGAUUCAGGAUUCCAAUCGGACCUAAGCAGUCUGAACAUUACAUCACAAUCAUCCUCCUCCACCAGUAUGUUGGACAGUUUUACAGGCUCUUCGAACGCUAUAUUCGGCCCAGCCGGGGCCAUAGGCAUAGGGGUAUCUGCGGAAUCACCAUUAUUGUUCACCACCAGCAGUGCUCCAGUCUCUUCGAAGAUGUUCAAGGUGGAGUUACCCCCGGACGUAUCGCCCCAGCAGGAAUUCUGCAAGACACCCUCUCGUACCGCACUUCUGACCUCAAAGCAGCUCUCCGUGUCCAUCGGCGAGAUACACCGCCGAAUAUACGGACCUGAAAUGCUGAAUAUUUCCAUUUUGGGCGCUUAUUUGAGGAAAGCUAAAGAGAAAAGUGGAGGCAAAGCACUACGCGAUGAACUGAAGCAAUACGGCAUGAAUCUACCCUCGGGACGUCGUAAAAACGGUGUUGCAACAACGUGGACGUGCUUCGUUGAAGAAGAGACACAACAAAUGGCGAUCGAUCUCGAUGACACUACACGCCGUCAUUUCCCCGUUCGGAACUGUGCCCAGACCCUACUGAAGAGACUCUCUUCAAUCGAUGACCCUCACAAUCUACUACUUAUGAUCGAUAAUACCAGAAGGAUUUUGGGUGAGCUGUCGCAGAUAUUCCGCGAGGACAAGAGCCCGAUUCACGGACGCGAAAUGAGCACACCAACUCUGGAUAAACCACUCCAACACGGCUUUUAUAAUUUCUCUUGUGUCACACACGGCUUCGGAAUGCCCGCUUAUAUAGCUGCAACCAAUGUUAUUCAGUCUGUACUGGAUGCGUUGGCUCAGGAGAACGCAAUGCUAUUGGGACAGGUCAGCGCUAUAUUUAUACAAUAA